CGUCCAAGUGCUGCUGAUGUUUUCACAAAGAUACUUGUGAAGGAGGCUGUUCUCUGCUCCACCAUUUCUGCCGCCAGUCCAACUCUACGUUUGGUCGCGCGCUGAACACAAUGCAUUCACUGCUCACCUUCUCCGUCUUUGCUCUCUUCGCGUCUGCUGUCAGUGGCUUGUCCUGCAGGACUGGAUGGCACUUCGACGCCGAUACAGGAUCCUGCUACGCGAUUCCCACGGGCGCAGAAGGCAGCUGGGCGGAGGCCAUGGCGUACUGCGGGGCUCUGGGAGGAGAGCUUGCUAUCGUGGAAAGCGCAGGCGAACACCGCUUCUUGGUGUCUCUGAUCAACACCACAAAGGCUGCCUAUCCCCAUGACAAAGACUUCUGGAUAGGAGCCGUUGACAUUCUGGAGGAGGGUGUCUUCAUCUGGGCCUACCGUCUGUCGGAGGUUGAGAACUUCUUCUGGGGCAGGGGGGAGCCCAACAAUCAGAACGGAGGCCAAGGCUGCCUGCGAAUGGAGUCGGAGCUCGCCUGGGCCUGGGGUGACGGAGACUGCACCUCCAAAGAGUAUUUCAUCUGCGAGCGAGAGGCUGAAGGCUAGUGAAGCCUGACCAUUGCCAGAACUGGUCCAAGACACGAACGACAGAAAGUGUAUCUGUACCCCGGAUCACUGCUUACUGAUGAAUUUGACUGGACCGAGAAUGAAUGACGUCAUACUAAAUGCUUUUUUGUUUACAUUUACUUAACAGAAAAUAUAUUUAAAAGAAAAUGUCAAAGACUGCAUUGCUGAGUAUGCACACAUGAACAGAAAUUACAAACUGUGCUUGAAGCGAUGUAUGGACAUUUUAUAUAUUUUUUAUAACCUGUUCUGGCGUUGUUAUUUUUAUGAAAGUGUUUUCUGAAGUUAAAAUUCUCUAAUAAAAUGUUUUAAAAUUUAUAUUACUAAAUUUAUGUUGGUAUCAACUAUCCAGGUAACAUAUUACGAACACAUGAGAUUGAGGAAUUUAUUCCUAUCCUCAGAAAAUGCAGACAGUCUUUGGAUGCUUUUAUUCAUUAGUGUUUAGAUAUGUUAGUGAACCACGUCAAAAGAAAAAAACUCAAAAUUUUUACCAUGGCAAGUUUGUGGGGUAAAGGUUUCAGUGCAGUUCCCCAUUUUUGAACUACUGUAAGGGUCACCGAAUAUAUUGAAGCGGAUUUCAAUUGAAAGUUUUGAAAAUGU